GGUCACACGGGCUUUUCCAACAUGGCGGCGGCGGCGCUGCGAGGCGGCUGGGGCCGCUGCCCGCGGCGCUGUCUGAGCAGCCGAGUCCCGUUUCUUUCCAGCCACACCCUGGCGCCGCCACACCCUGGUUCCUAUCAGCUGCGCUGGCCCGGUGGAGAGCUGAGCCUGUCCAGAUCCUAUUCUUCUGGAAACAGAAAAGGUUUUCUCUCUGGCUUGGUCGAUAACAUCAAACAAGAAUUGGCCAAAAACAAGGAAAUGAAAGAAAGCAUCAAGAAAUUUCGGGACGAGGCUCGGAAGUUGGAAGAGUCCGAUGCGCUCCAGGAAGCCCGGAGGAAAUAUAAAACCAUCGAAUCAGAGACAGUCCGUACUGGCGAGGUGAUCCGGAAGAAGCUGGGGGAGCUCACGGGCUCUGUGAAGGAGAGUCUCGACGAAGUUGGUAAAAGCGACCUGGGCCGGAAAAUCAAGGAGGGCGUGGAGGAGGCUGCCAAGACUGCCAAGCACUCAGCUGAGUCGGUGUCCAGGGGUGGCGAGAAGCUGGGCCGCUCGGCCGCCUUCAAAGCCUUGUCCCAGGGGGUGGAGUCGGUAAAGAAGGAGAUUGACGAGAGUGUGCUGGGCCAGACGGGGCCCUACCGGCGGCCAGAGCGGCUCAGGAAAAGGAAGGAGUUUGCUGGGGAGAAGCUCAAGGAGGAGAAAGUGUUUGAGCCCAAUGAGGAGGCCCUGGGUGUCGUCCUGCACAAGGACUCCAAGUGGUACCAGCAGUGGAAGGACUUUAAGGACAACAAUGUGGUGUUCACGCGCUUCUUUGAGAUGAAGAUGAAGUAUGAUGAGAGUGACAAUGCAUUCAUCCGGGCCUCCAGGGCGCUGACUGACAAGGUCACAGACAUGCUGGGGGGCCUGUUCUCCAAGACAGAGAUGUCCGAGGUACUCACGGAGAUUCUGAGGGUGGACCCUGCCUUCGACAAGGACCGCUUCCUGCAGCAGUGCCAGAGUGACAUCAUCCCCAACGUGCUGGAGGCCAUGAUCUCAGGAGAGCUCGACAUCCUCAGAGACUGGUGCUAUGAGGCAACCUAUAGCCAGCUCGCUGUCCCCAUCCAGCAGGCCCGGGCUCUGGGCCUACAGUUCCACUCGCACGUCCUGGACAUAGACAACGUGGAUUUGGCGAUGGGCAAGAUGAUGGAGCAGGGCCCGGUGCUGAUCAUCACCUUCCAGGCGCAGCUGGUAAUGGUCAUCAAGAACCCCAAGGGCGAGGUGGUCGAGGGCGACCCGGACAAGGUGCUACGCAUGUUGUACGUGUGGGCACUGUGCCGCGACCAGGACGAGCUCAACCCCUACGCCGCCUGGCGCCUCCUGGACAUCUCGGCGUCCAGCACCGAGCAAGUCCUCUGAGUGCCACCGCCGGGACCCCCAGCUC